AUGGCCUCGAUCGCUGUCGACCCGGCUGACCCCAUGGCCAUCCACAAGCUGGUCUAUCUCAACAAGACUCACACCUUGAAGAUGUUCCUGGCCCCUUACAAGUCCAUCUCUACCACUCAUCACCACCACCACUCAACAACAAACCCCACCACCACAGCAACAACCAACGGGAAUGGAACAGCACUCGAGGCAACUGCACAAUCAGGACAGAAGGAAAAAGAGACAGCAGACCAUUACCACCCACACAUCAACUCGCUCGACCUCCAUCUCCAUGCCCCUCUCCAUCUCGCAGUCAUGCUCCAACGCAAAGAGAUGGUCCAAAUCCUCCUCAACGCCGGUGCAAACCCUCUAGUCCGGUCAGGGUCAGGAUGGACCCCUCGACAGGAGGCGACCAGUCUGGGCGACAGAGAGAUGAUCGAGCUUAUCACCCGGUACCAGCGAAAGGAGUUUUCGGGGUCCUUCAAGACCAAGGCCAUGAACCUUGUCAAGCAGCUCUCUGCCAGCUGGGUGCCGUUUGUGAGUGGACUCUGCCCCAAGGAUACAUACCACAUCUGGAAGAAGGGCAACGCUGUCCGCAUGGACACUUCUCUGGUGGGAUUUGAGAACAUGAAGUGGAUUCGAGGACACAUUUCUAUCGUCUUUCGCGUCGACCCCGAUCAUGGUCCAGAGCUGGUGAUCAUCGACAGAGUGAAAAAGAUUACUCAAGUACUGGCAAGAUCCUCGGAUGACGACGAGGAGGAGGAACACGAGCCCACAGACGAGGAGAUUCAGAACGAGGUCUCCAUCUGCUUCAACUCUAACAUUACGUCGACGAAUGUCCCAACGUCGGCGAUCAAGUUCCAGAGAGCAAAGGCAGGGAUGUGGGGAUAUCGUAGCAACAAAGUCGAGAAGGUGGGCGAAUUCGAGUGUGCAGUUUGGAAGAUGGAUGGAGUCGAGUUCAGAACUCGUGUCAGGACUGAGCAUUUGAAGGACGAGCACGGAAAACCAAUCGUACCUGCCAAGUCUGGGCGUGGCGGUCGUGGCGGUCACCAUCACCAUCAUCACCAUCAUGCACUUGGUCGCGGUGGACAUCAGGGAGGACAUGCUAUCACUGCCGGACAUGCGGCUGCUCUGGAGGAGAAGGAUGAAAAGGCAAAGAGACACGGUCGUGGAAUGCAGCCACGGAAACCUAUUCAUCGGCCUCUGUUUGCUCCCUUUUCGGAUCCAGAUUCGGAGUUGUCUUCUUCGCCAGAGCAGGGCAGCCAGAUGGAACAGUUGGGGGACAGUGUGGGAGCAUUGUCGGUCGAGAAUACCGAUGGCCAUGCCAGCAGUCGAUCGUUCACACCCCUAGGUGAUGAGAUGGCUGUCGUGCCAGUACAGCCGCCCAAGAAGCAUGUGCGGAGUACAGGAACCAUCUCGGACGAUGCAUUCUUUGAGACGGCUCUGGAAGAGGCAGAGUCAGAGAUGGCGGAGGAGAUGGACGAGAAGCUGGUCUUCCGUCCCUCGUUGCCGUCGCCCCCUCCGACCUCUGUGACGUUUGAGCAGUAUUUUGAUGCUACAGUCACUACCGUGGGCGACAUGCAUUUGGGUCGACCAUUGGAGCAGAAAGAGUCCAAGAGGACGUUUGGAGCGACGUUGUGGAUGUACGAGAACCAACAUCCUGCUCCUGCUGCUGCAGCCGGAAGAUCAACGCCGUCCCUGUUGUCAUCGACCGAUGAGACGUAUCACGGGAAUGAGUCGGUCACAUCUGUGGUAUCUUCAGGAUCGGGAGCAGGAACUACCACACCAGCACCGUCGUUUCCCUUAACGAUUGAAAAGAUUUUGCCGUUGUUGGAAGUGAUUGGGAUGGACAACAACCGGUUGGUGGGCAAGUUGAAGGAGUUUUUGGAGUACAAGUUGCCACCGGGGUUCCCGAUCCGUGCUAAUAUUCCAGUAUACCCUUCGCUGUCAGCGGAUGUAACUUUUGUGAAUUAUGAUGCGCACAAGGUGAUUGAGGAUGAGAUGUUUGAGGUCCCUGGGGAGGAGCAGGGGUACUCUGAGGGUUUUGUUAUCCGACCUGGCGGUGAGGAUGACUCUUAG